AAGCUAUCUCAUGAUACUUAGCAAAAAUGUGCUCUGACACCAGUCUACAUAGAGCUUUCGUUCAGAUUGGCUGCUUCUCAAUACUAUCAGCUAAAGUUAAAGUGAAAAGUGAACUAGUAACUAUAAACAGAAACUCGCAGAAAUUCCUUAUUAUUCCGACAAUGGCUGACAUAAAGAAGUUGGCAGCUUCAUUAGCUCAAAUAAGUCUAUACUACUCCAUAAUCUGCAUGGCAAUCGAAUUGACCAGUAUGAAGGAUCAUUCCGUAAACGUGGUAAUCGCAAUGACAUGGUUUACAAUCUACCUUAUAAAUACGUUGAUAAAUUUUUGGAUGUUAGAUACGGAUUACAAUACACUUAAGAAGGGCCGUUUAAGAUUUUGGUUUGGUUUCACGUUAUUUUUAUUAAUUAUUCGACUCGUGUGCACUAACUACAGCCACUUGAGUAUGGUAGUUUUGUUACUCACAAUGGUUGUAAAUAUUUAUAUCAUAUUUGUACUUUGGGUAAUAAUGUUAUUGAUUAACAAAAUGGAUAAUCCAACUACAACAGACAUUAGGAGCAGCUUAACUUCCGUCGCAGUUAAUAAUGAAAUAAUAAGUGUCACUGCGGAUGAAACAAAUAUUGAAGAUCUAUCAGAUAAUCUUCGUUCUGCUAUAGACCCAAAUCAUGACGACUUACACAAUGGUGGUCGUGCUAUAGGCUCAAGUUCUAGCAACUUAAACAAUGAUUACCAAAUUGUCUUUGGUACAGCCCCAACUUUGGAUGACUUAAAUAGCGAUUUUACAGAGUUAAACAAUCAUUCUUACAAUCUGUCCAGAUCGGCUGACACUAACAUAACUGCGAAUGCGAAUGCGAAUGAUCCUCCUCCAAGCUACGAUGAUGUUAUGACUCCUAAGAAUGAGAAAUUAUAAAAUCUUAUUUUGUUGACAUUCCGACAGCUAAAGUAAUCAAAUAUUUGUUUAGUAAUUAAUUAAAUAAUUCCACCACAUUUAUGUAUUGGAAAGGCCAGUAACAAUAACGAACAUGGAAACGAAAGAAGGAAUCUAAGUAUUUAUAAGCAAGUAAGAAACCUACAGUUGAGUGUGCUCAACUCUGAAAUACCCGCCACAAAUUAU